AUGAAACUCCUAACGACAAACUUUCUCACCUGCGCGGUCAAAGCGUGCAAAUCCUCCCCGCAGUCCUUCCCAUUACACUUCAAGGAUGUGACCCUCGAGCGCACCGAGAUCGAGUACAAUCCGCUAUUCAUGCGCAACAUCCUCCCACGAGUCAACUGGGACGCGCUGACUACGACAUCCACAGAACUCGGGCUGCAAGCACUCGUGCCUGCAACGAACCCAGUGGACGUGGCGGGCGGAGAAGCGGACGAUUCGAAAGACGACCAAGCUGAUGAAGAGGUUCUGAAGAAACUACACAACCUCCUGCUCGAGACGGGUGUUGUCGAGGGCAAACUCGUUUGCGGGAACUGCGGCUUCGAGUAUCCCAUAAAAGAGGGUGUGGGAAACUUCUUGCUGCCGGCGCAUUUGGUGUGA